AUGUAGGCUUCAUUGACGAGUCAAACAGUUCAGGGCCAACUUCAGGGCAGAAGACACACGACUGUCACAGCAUCCAUCACCUGCCUCCGACCUCCGGAAUCGAAGCCGACUGACAGGACAGGCCCGGACAGACUCGGGAAUCGAACCAGCGACUCUAACAGGGUUAUUACAAUCAAUCGGUGAUACGAUGGUUUCUGCAGUAAGGGCAGCGAUCUGCCUGAUUCUCAUGGUGGUUCUGUGCCAGGUCAGAGGUGCAUACAUCCCACCCAAGAUGAACCAGACCAUCCAGAGCCUCCUGCGGCACUACAGAAUUGACGAUGAGCAACGAUUUGACGGGAACAAAGUCUUCCCCAAAGAGCCACCAGCAGGCAAGAUGGAGACAAAGCUGUUGUUCAUGGGUGGCAUUUUGGACACAUAUGAGAAGCUGCUUGGCCACAUGUUGAAGCAGCAGCCCACAGCGAGUCCCCAGACCGCCUCCAUCAGCACCGACAGUUAUGAUCGAGCCGGACCAAGCGGAGAUGUCAGGGACGACCUGAAGUUCAUCCUGGAGAAGGUCCGGGAGCUGAAGAAGAAAAAAUUCCAUGAGCAGGAGAUGAUUCUGCGUGGACUGCAGGAUCUCAAACAUGUCCAGAUGGACAACCUUGUCGUCCAGAGCAAAGCAUUGUGGGAGCUGCCGUGGCUGUAUGAGGAGGCGAGCUCAUUGUCUGACAACAGCAAGAUGAGGCGGCGGCGGCGGCGCCAAGCGAGGAAGAGUCAGCUGAGAGGCUGAACAGCAAACAGGCACAACAGAACGGCAACAAAACUCAAAUAGAAAAAAGCAAAAACAGUCACAGAAUAAGACCAGAAAAUAUUUCAAUUUCAAACAAUGUGCCAACUGUUGAGAUUUGUAUCUGUUUUUAUAGAUUUCAUAUAUAUUUAUAACAAUCUGAGUGAACCAGCAGCCUCAGUCUGACAGAUUUUGUACAUUUUGUUACUUGACAGCAGCGUGUUGGUUCAGUCACAGUAUCAAUCAAACUGCCUGGAAAUACUUGAUCUCUUCAUUUUUACUUAUCUAAAAACUGCAGAUGAUUUAAUGUUUAGAAAAGAUAAAAUCAUAGUUUAAGCUCUCUGAUUGGAUGUUUUGAUUUUGUGUUAACGGUAAAAUAGAACUGUCUGAUGAUGUUUACAGUACAAAGUACACCUUAGUUUAAUGCUGACGUACUUAAUCGUACUACGAGUCCUCUGAGCGUUCCGGUACUUUACUGCAGCACAGCUACGCUGCCUCUAGAUGUACAUAACUCUUCAGGGAUUUUUGUAUUUUUCUAACAUGUUAUAAUAAUCAUAUUUAUUAUAUAUUUAAAGUAAUUUAUUGUUAGACGUACUCCUGUGAAUGGUUGUUGAUUAUUUAUGCAUAUUUAUUGAUUGGCACAUGUAGACAAAUAGCAACUGAAUAAAAAAAGAUG